CCCAGUUGAGCUUCCUCAGCACCGAGGGCUUGCGGGUCCGGUGGGGAGGACGCGAGCCCGGAGCCCGGGCACUGAGCUCUUGGGCGCCCCCAACCCAGUUUUCAGAACCCUCCACGCUGCGGCCACUGUCCCCUCUGGACCAUGGCCGACGACGACGUGCUGUUCGAGGAUGUGUACGAGCUGUGCGAGGUGAUCGGCAAGGGUCCCUUCAGUGUUGUACGGCGAUGUAUCAACAGAGAAACUGGGCAACAAUUUGCUGUAAAAAUUGUUGAUGUAGCCAAGUUCACAUCAAGUCCAGGGUUAAGUACAGAAGGUAAGAGAUGGAUUUCAAAUCUAAAGCGGGAAGCCAGUAUCUGUCAUAUGCUGAAACAUCCACACAUUGUAGAAUUAUUGGAGACAUAUAGUUCAGAUGGAAUGCUUUACAUGGUUUUUGAAUUUAUGGAUGGAGCAGAUCUGUGUUUUGAAAUCGUAAAGCGAGCUGAUGCUGGUUUCGUGUACAGUGAAGCUGUAGCCAGCCAUUACAUGAGACAGAUCCUGGAAGCUCUGCGCUACUGUCAUGAUAAUAACAUAAUUCACAGGGAUGUGAAGCCCCACUGUGUUCUCCUCGCCUCAAAAGAAAACUCGGCACCUGUUAAACUUGGGGGCUUCGGAGUAGCUAUUCAGUUAGGAGAAUCUGGACUUGUCGCUGGAGGACGCGUUGGGACGCCUCACUUUAUGGCCCCAGAAGUAGUCAAGAGAGAGCCUUACGGAAAGCCUGUCGAUGUCUGGGGCUGUGGUGUGAUCCUUUUCAUCCUGCUCAGCGGUUGUUUGCCUUUCUAUGGAACCAAGGAGAGAUUGUUUGAAGGCAUUAUUAAAGGAAAAUACAAGAUGAAUCCAAGGCAGUGGAGCCAUAUCUCUGAAAGUGCCAAAGACCUAGUCCGCCGCAUGCUGAUGCUGGAUCCCGCCGAAAGGAUCACUGUUUAUGAAGCACUGAAUCACCCAUGGCUUAAGGAGCGGGAUCGUUAUGCCUACAAAAUUCAUCUUCCAGAAACAGUAGAACAACUGAGGAAAUUCAAUGCAAGGAGAAAACUAAAGGGUGCAGUACUAGCUGCUGUGUCGAGUCACAAAUUCAACUCCUUUUACGGGGACCCUCCUGAAGAGUUGCCAGAUUUCUCGGAAGACCCUACCUCCUCAGGACUUCUAGCAGCAGAAAGAGCCGUCUCUCAGGUGCUGGACAGCCUGGAAGAGAUCCACGCACUUACAGACUGCAGUGAAAAGGACCUAGAUUUUCUACACAGUGUUUUCCAGGAUCAGCAUCUUCACACACUGCUAGAUCUGUACGACAAAAUUAACACAAAGUCUUCACCACAAAUCAGGAAUCCUCCAAGCGAUGCAGUACAGAGAGCCAAAGAGGUAUUGGAAGAAAUUUCAUGUUACCCUGAGAAUAAUGACGCAAAGGAACUAAAGCGUAUUUUAACACAACCUCAUUUCAUGGCCUUACUUCAGACUCACGACGUAGUGGCACAUGAAGUUUACAGUGAUGAAGCAUUAAGGGUCACACCUCCCCCGACCUCUCCCUAUUUAAAUGGUGAUUCUCCAGAAAGCGCCAACGGAGACAUGGACAUGGAAAAUGUGACCAGAGUUCGGCUGGUACAGUUCCAAAAGAACACAGAUGAACCAAUGGGAAUCACUUUGAAAAUGAAUGAGCUGAAUCAUUGUAUUGUUGCAAGAAUCAUGCAUGGGGGUAUGAUUCACAGGCAAGGUACUCUUCAUGUUGGUGAUGAAAUUCGAGAAAUCAAUGGCAUCAGUGUCGCUAAUCAAACAGUGGAACAGCUACAAAAAAUGCUUAGGGAAAUGCGGGGGAGUAUUACCUUCAAGAUUGUUCCAAGUUACCGCACUCAGUCUUCAUCCUGUGAGAGAGAUUCCCCCUCCACUUCCAGACAGUCCCCUGCUAAUGGUCAUAGCAGCACUAACAAUUCUGUUUCGGACUUGCCGUCAACCACCCAACCAAAAGGACGACAGAUCUAUGUAAGAGCACAAUUUGAAUAUGAUCCAGCCAAGGAUGACCUCAUCCCCUGCAAAGAAGCUGGCAUCCGAUUCCGAGUUGGUGACAUCAUUCAGAUUAUUAGUAAGGAUGACCACAACUGGUGGCAGGGUAAACUGGAAAACUCCAAAAAUGGAACUGCAGGUCUCAUUCCUUCUCCUGAACUUCAGGAAUGGCGAGUAGCUUGCAUUGCCAUGGAGAAGACCAAACAAGAGCAGCAGGCCAGCUGUACUUGGUUUGGCAAGAAAAAGAAGCAGUACAAAGACAAAUAUUUGGCAAAGCACAAUGCAGUGUUUGAUCAAUUAGAUCUUGUCACAUAUGAAGAAGUAGUCAAACUGCCAGCAUUCAAAAGGAAAACACUGGUCUUACUAGGUGCACAUGGUGUUGGGAGAAGACACAUAAAAAACACCCUCAUCACAAAGCACCCGGACCGGUUUGCAUACCCUAUUCCACAUACAACCAGACCUCCAAAGAAAGAUGAAGAAAAUGGCAAGAAUUAUUACUUUGUAUCUCAUGACCAAAUGAUGCAAGACAUCUCAAAUAAUGAGUACUUGGAGUAUGGCAGCCACGAGGAUGCAAUGUAUGGGACAAAACUGGAGACCAUUCGGAAAAUCCACGAGCAGGGGCUGAUUGCCAUACUGGAUGUGGAGCCUCAGGCACUGAAGGUCCUGAGAACUGCUGAGUUCGCUCCUUUUGUUGUCUUCAUUGCGGCGCCAACUAUCACUCCAGGUUUAAAUGAGGAUGAAUCUCUCCAGCGCCUGCAGAAGGAGUCCGAUGUCUUACAGAGAACAUACGCACACUACUUCGAUCUCACAAUUAUCAACAACGAAAUUGAUGAGACAAUCAGACAUCUGGAGGAAGCCGUUGAGCUCGUGUGCACAGCCCCACAGUGGGUCCCGGUCUCCUGGGUCUAUUAGGCUUCUCCCUGACUAUCUGAGUAUAAAACUGGGAGCCGCCUCCUACGUGGAAAAGCCUCUUUGUUAUCGGCCUUGUGUCAGCAGGUCGUGGUCCCUAGAGACUACCUAGUUGUAGUGUGACCUACAUUUAUAAUUAUUGUCAUGUCCGAAUAGAUAGGAGGAGAAAAACAAUUACACACUAAUUUAAAGAGACAGUAUCUUUUUUAAUCAGUUCUCCUAAACUUUAAUAAAAUGUAUCUUUAAAUGUAUGUAUUAUUCAAUCCUUUGGAAUGUUAUAUUUUUGGAAAUCAUAGCUUUUUAUUUCCAAGGCCCCUAAAAACUGCACAAAAUAGAUGCUGCUUUCUAUAAUCUAUUUUAAUAAUAAUAAACAAUGAUUCUGUUACCUUGACUGGGGGUGGAACACUACAUUCUUUUUAGAGUCUGAUUUUAUGGAUUGGAAUAUCUUUCUUUCCUUUAUUUAUUUGAAAUAAUUAGUCUAGUGAUUACAAAACAGUCAUAAAUUUUUAAAGGCCUUUUUUCUCUCUCUUUUUUUGAAGUCCUUUAUGUAACACCCAGAUACUGUGAUACUGUCUCUUUGAAGCACCCUGUAAACCUUUUAGAGAUUUGAAGUUGGGUCUUGACUCUUAAUGCAUGUGGACAGUCGCGAGCGUUUAUGCUGUCGGUGUGUCUGUGUUGGACAAAACAAUCUGUAAUUACAGCAAAGUACAUUCCGUUCACGGGGCACACCCAGGGGAAUAAGAAUAAAUUGCUAUUAUGACUAAGUUGUAAACCUAUGCACAUCCCUUGCAUUUCGGGCAACUUUAUAAAACAGAAAAAAAAGAAACUGAUUUUUAUUAAUAAUAAUCAUGUAGUGAAAUGUGUUUGUAAUUUUGUCUCAAUUUAAUUUGUUGUAAGGUGGGAGGGGGUAUUGCUGGUUUCGCCAUUUCAGAUCUGUGUUGUCUAAGAGUAUUAACGUUUUAAUUAAGCAAAGAAAUGCGGAUUUUUAAUCUGUAUGGAAUUGUUUUAAGCACCCAUUUAAAGAGAAUAUACUGUGCAAUGAAGAAACCAGUUUAGGCAUUUGCUAUAAACUGAAUUAUUCCAAAAGAAUAAUCUAUAACAACUCUGUAAAUUCCUUUAAAAUGAUAACUAACAGGACAGUCUGACCAAUUUUUUUUAAAUAUACUUCAUUGUAUGUGUUCAAUAAUUAAAUGCCUUUGGGUCCUUCAUUUCAUUGCAGAUUUGUUCAGGUCUCCAAGCUGCUAAUCUUUUCAGUUUUAAAAUUCAUUGGAUGUUCACUGACCCAUCAAAGGCCCAAGAGUGAGUAUCAGUUGGCUGGGCAACAGAGCAGCCUGCCAGAGCACAGCCUGGAGCACAUGUGACUCGAAGGCCACCUGUGGUCUCUCCUUCCUCUUGCUCUAUCCCUUGGCACAGGGGAGUCACCUGUCCUUGUUGCUUUAGAACCAUUGACCAUCUCAUCCCCUGCCAUAUCAGAAUCACUGGAGGAGGUUCAGGCUGGGACCCUCAGACUCUUUGCCAGAGGCCACCAGAGUGUCUCCCCUUCAUAUGUGUGAGAACAAGGCAUUGGCGUGACUCUGGUCCUUGGAAACAUACCAUCACUUUCAUCACUUUGUGCCUUGGCAGGAUGUGCAGAGUGAGUUCUGGGCUGAACAGCUCCUCUUGGGCACUGAACAGAGAAGGCAUGUUUGCGCUCACGCUCCCUUUCCAUUCUCAACACCCCACCCUCCCCAGCUGUUAGUGCGCCACGCCAUUUGGUUUCUGUUUGUAGACAAUUCUUUGUCAGUGUCCAGAUGGGUCACAACUUACCGACAAGUUGUUGUGAGAAUAACUUGGGUUUGCUCCCGUAGUAGGGGGAUCAAAUGCCAUACCAGAGACAGGUUCAACAGUGAGCUCUUGCUAGGUGGAGGGAGAAAAUUCCAGGAGUUGCUUAGGGCUGUGUAGCGCUGACCUUGAUCUAACUGGUGCCCAGGCCAGACACCAUUACUGCAGUAGUACUGACCAUAAGCCACUCUUUCCAGUGGCUCUGAACCUGCUCUACCUCUUCCAGUAAAGCACAAACAAAGACCACAACUAACACAUGGAGAACAGAGCUGCCCCUCUCUCCGAUAGAAUCCCUCACGUUCCCACGUGCUCCUGAGAGCUCAUCUUCAGACAGCCUGGCAAGGCCUGUCUGUAGCCAUCUGCCAUGUUCCUGCAGGUAGAAUGAGCAUUGCAAAGUGAGGCCAAUUUCAAUGUCUGUGACCCCGGACUGAGAGACGUGCUCUGGCACCUGGGGGCCUGGGGACCUUCUCACUGGCCUUCUAGGGGAGUCUGAGCUCAGGCAAGCAUCCUUCCUGCUCUCCUGCAGGUGGUGAAAACCCUGCUCCUAGAAUGCAGUGACUUCUCCAACAGGUCAUCUGUUCUUUUCCACUAAUACACAGCUCUAAAGCAGUGCGUUUAUGACCUAGAGAAGAAAUCACUUCUGAAGUCAGUAAUACGGGGACAGUCAUACCUGGAGCAAUCAGAGGAUACCGCUAAAACCUUCCUGACUGCCUCCAUCUCAUCAGAAGAACCACACACACCCCUUUUAAAGACUAGAGCAAAUGAUCAGAGAUCACUAAAUCAGUGGCCAGUUGAGUGUGGGGAAGCCGUAUUGUGGGUCCUCUCUGCCACCCCAGCCCCACUCCCCACACCACAGGAGGGGGCGUUUGAAUCUCCUAAGUCCUUUGUUAAAAAAGAUGAAGUGGCUUGAUUUUCUAAUCAUAAGGCAGUACUUACUUCUCACGUGCAUUGUAUUCCUAUCUGAACACUGAAAAGGAAAGUGUCACUCAGUUUAAUUCAUCUGGAAGUUUCCCAGUGUCAGAGAACAUUGUAACUUUUUUAGAUGCACCCCUGUCAGGUGCGAUGGUUUAGAAUAUCUGCUCAGAAAGGCAAAGAAACCAGUUGACCUACUUCUUGCUAUUUGCAUUCAGAAGGCAGAGUCUCAGCCCAGCCUAUUGGCGGCAGAAUAAGUAAAGCUGCCGGGUCCCCCACCGCGCAAAGAGCACUGGAAGUGGCCCCUUCCCAGUAUCCAAGGGCUGGAGUAGGCAGGCAGGCCAAACCAUCCUUUGAAGCUACUGUUAAUCUUUUCAAGCUUUUCAUCCUAGAGUUCUCUUGUUUUUCAAUCAGGUGUCUCUUCAUUAAGGCUACCAGUUUACUCUUUGCAAAUUUCAGUCAAUUGAGCCACCCUCCAGGAAGCGAAGGCUACCCAGAAUGGAAGCUGCCGCCCCUUAAGAAGGAAGCAGCCCAAAGCAUUCUCUUGUCUCCCACUGAUGGGAUGUUCCUUGAGCAUCUCAGGUCAGUUUCUUGCGCAGAGCAAAAUUAAGCUUCGCUUGCCACUAACACUAUCGAGAAAACUGCUUGGUUAGUGAAUUCUUAACAAAAAUGUCUCCUUGGAAAGAAUAGAGGGCACACUGAUUAACAUUCCAUAAAAAGCCCCUUCCAGCUCGUCACUCCUUGUUUCAGAUCAGCAACGUUGGGCAGCUAGUGCUGAUGGUUUAUCAGAACUGAGCACAGCAUUCUCAGUCUAGUCGCUUAACAAGGGCUGUCUACGCUAGGCGCACCGAAGCCCCUAUGGGCAUCUUCCUUGUUCUGCGGCUCCGGUUAAUUCUUUAGAAAGAUGCUUUGCUUCUCACUGUGGCUUUCAGAAGGGCUGCAUGCUCUUCUCAUCACUGCUUUUGUUUGGGGGCACUUGCCCUUUUGUGCCCCCUUUAGACAUAGGGUCUCUCUCUUCAUGUGGCACCUCUGCCUACAGGACCAUACUGUGAGGACUAAUUGGCUGUGCUUGUCUUAAACUUGGGGGAAGUCUCGGAUUGCCCAGCUUACAGAGUGAAGUUCAACAAUCACAUCCAUCCAGGAAGUAGGGGGAAAGAGGGAGAGUGUCCCAACCUUCCCAUCUAUACUUCCUGUGGGUGCCCUUGGCCCACAGCAGCAGCUGUAGGGAGAGAGCAGCGGCACCCCUGGGGCAGGCAUCCCCAAGUCUUAGCUGUUAGAGGGAUAAUCCGGGAGAGGACAGCCUGACUUCCCACCUCCUGUCACCUGACCCUCCAUUACCUCCCUUGAUUGAACCUGUGCAAAUGGACCAAGCAAAAGAAAACGGAAGGAGAUGUUUGCAGCCACACAGGUCACCUCAUGUCUAGCCCCCAAGCACAACUCCAGCUCUGUGUGUGGGCAAAAGCUGGACACUUUGCUACGGCCUAGAGAUAAAUCCAUUCUCUAGAGCGAGUGAAAGAGUAAGGCCCAGGGGUAUGUCUUCCUGGACCAGGAGAGAGUCUCAGAAGGACUUGUGCUUGGGAGUAGAUGUAGGCAUUCCUCCACAGAGAGCGGCCUUGCCUUUAUUUUUCAUUUGGCAGAGACCAAGAAUUGGGGGGUAGGGGCUGAUUUGCAGUCUUAAUGUCGCCUGGGAUGUCCUCUGCAGGCUGGCGGUGCUGAGACCACAGCGCCGUGAUUCAGUGCAGUGUAGGUGCAUUGCCAUUCAGACUCAGUUCCGGGGUGGUUUUGCUUAAAGCUUUGCCAACGUGUUCUUUCUUUCUGUAUGUAUUAUUGCCUUUUUAUAAAAGGUUUUGAAGUAUUGUCUCAGUGAUAAAAAGAGAGAGAUGUUAAUGGUUGUUGUAUAUUUCACCGUAUCCGAUUGUAAGUAUUCGCAGGGUACAGCAAAGCCUUAGCUUGCAAGAGGAGCUGAAGGGGUUGGAAAGGUUCGGAUUCUUUGUAAAUGUCCUGCUUUUCUUUCUCUCUGUGUGUAUCUAUUUACAUGCCUUAGCACACGCCCUCCCAUCCCAAUCCCUUUGCCCUGUCACCUGGACAACCACAAUGCUGGUGGCACUGCCAGCACAGUACAAGUCGAAACCCUAACCAGUUAUCUCGUGUGACAGGGGAAGAAGAGAAACUGCAUAGUAUUCUUUGUAGAAUAUACAUAUCUGUAGGAUGCUGUGUAAUGGGAAACCAUAGACUUGGGCUUUCGUCAUUUCAAAGUUGGAGAAAUGUAUGAAUAAAAUGUAUAAAACAUGAAAA